AUAGGAAUAAAUAAAUAAAUAACAAUUAAAGAAAGAACAGUCGUCGUAUUUGUGUUUCUUCUUCUACUUUUAUUACUCUCUCUCUCGCACGCUCGCUGCGCCUUUUUUUCGUCGCAAUUCUGGUCUCCGUCGCUGGAAGGCGUCGAUCAUAAGCGACAUUUUCUUUGUCAAAACACUUCGUGUUUGCAAUGGGAAAUUUGUAGGUUUCUUGUUAUCAUUUUCACAGCAGAAAGAGAUGUCUCGCCAAACAACUACUUCUGCCUUUCACAAGUCUAAGACUCUCGACAACAAAUACAUGCUUGGAGAUGAGAUCGGAAAAGGAGCAUAUGGUCGAGUGUACAAAGGUUUGGAUUUGGAGAAUGGGGACUUUGUUGCAAUCAAACAAGUUUCUUUGGAGAAUAUUGCUCAAGAGGAUCUUAAUAUUAUCAUGCAAGAGAUUGAUUUAUUGAAGAAUUUGAACCAUAAAAAUAUUGUCAAAUAUCUUGGAUCAUCGAAGACAAAGACUCAUCUUCACAUAAUACUCGAGUAUGUGGAGAAUGGCUCACUUGCAAACAUUAUUAAGCCAAAUAAAUUUGGGCCUUUUCCAGAGUCACUGGUGGCUGUUUACAUUGCUCAGGUUUUAGAAGGAUUGGUUUAUCUACAUGAACAAGGUGUCAUUCAUCGUGAUAUCAAGGGUGCAAACAUAUUGACGACCAAAGAGGGCCUUGUAAAACUUGCUGAUUUUGGUGUUGCAACAAAAUUAACUGAGGCUGAUGUUAAUACGCAUUCAGUGGUUGGAACACCAUACUGGAUGGCCCCUGAGGUUAUUGAGAUGUCGGGAGUUUGUGCUGCUUCUGACAUAUGGAGUGUUGGCUGCACCGUGAUUGAACUUCUUACUUGUGUUCCUCCAUACUAUGAUUUACAGCCUAUGCCUGCCCUGUUUCGUAUUGUUCAGGAUGACCAUCCUCCAAUACCUGAUAGCCUAUCUCUCGAUAUCACUGACUUUCUGCGCCAAUGUUUCAAGAAGGAUGCUAGGCAGAGGCCUGAUGCAAAGACACUACUUUCUCACCCUUGGAUACAGAAUUCUAGGCGUGCUUUGAACUCUUUCCGACACAAUGGAUCUAUAAGAAGCAUACAAGAAGAUGGUUCAGCAGAUUCAGAAAUUUUAAAUGGAGAUAAUCAGAGCACUGAUCAAAUCCAUUCAUCAGAGAAAGCUGAUGUUGCUACUGCUGACUCAGAAACUGACUCUAGGAAAGAACUAUUAAAUGAGACUGCUGUUAUCAAGUCUGACAAGGAUCAUUUUUCGAAUUGUGAGACUGUUGAAGAACGAAUUGAUAAAUUAGAAGAUGAUCUUCAGUCAGAUCAAGUUCCCACCUUAUCUAUCCGUGAAAAAACAUCUCUGCAAAGUGGUUUUAAUAGAUUAUCUGCCAAUAAAGUAAUAGCUGCCUAUGCUUCAGUUCAUGGCUCAACUCAUUUGCAUGACCAGGAUGAGAGUCUUGCGAAAGGUGAUGUUGAUUCUUCUGAAGCAAGAAGGAUAAGUGUAGAUAGAAAACAUGGAGGAAAAGGCAGUUCUGCCCCUCCCGAAAAUAGAUCAUUUGGUUUUCUUCCAAGAAGCCAAGAUAACGGGCAUGAAAAGGCUGUGAAGAUGUCAGUGCCAUUGGGUGGCAAUGAACUUAGUAGAUUCAGUGACCCUCCAGGAGAUGCCUCACUUGAUGAUUUAUUUCAUCCCCUUGAUAAAAGCUUAGAUGAUCGGGCGACUGAAGCUUCAACUUCUGCAUCAAAAUCACAUAUGAACGAAGGGAAUGCAUCGUUGACUGAUGCAGGGAAAAAUGACCUGGCCACAAAGUUGAGGGCUACAAUAGCGCAAAAGCAAAUGGAGGGUGAAAUAGGGCAGCCAAAUGGUGGGGACCUGUUCCGCCUGAUGUUGGGUGUUAUAAAGGAUGACGUGAUUGAUAUUGAUGGUUUGGUUUUUGAUGAAAAAUUGCCUGCCGAAAAUCUUUUCCCUCUACAGGCUGUCGAGUUUGGCAGAUUAGUUGGGUCAUUAAGACCUGAGGAAUCCGAAGAUGUGAUUGUGUCUGCAUGUCAGAAACUUAUUGCUAUUUUUCACCAGCGCCCUGAGCAGAAAAUUGUUUUUGUUACCCAGCAUGGGUUGCUUCCUCUUACGGAAUUGCUCGAAGUUCCUAAAACUCGGGUUAUAUGUUCUGUCCUUCAACUUAUAAAUCAGAUUGUAAAAGAUAAUACGGAUUUUCAGGAAAAUGCUUGUCUUGUUGGCCUGAUCCCAGUUGUAAUGAGCUUUGCUGGACCUGAUCGUCCCCGGGAAGUUCGUAUGGAAGCAGCCUAUUUCUUGCAGCAGCUUUGUCAGUCAAGCCCCUUGACAUUGCAAAUGUUUAUUGCUUGCCGUGGAAUACCUGUUUUAGUGGGCUUUCUGGAGGCUGACUAUGCAAAAUACAGGGAAAUGGUUCAUCUAGCUAUCGAUGGCAUGUGGCAGGUCUUUAAGCUUCAGAGAUCCACCCCAAGAAAUGACUUCUGUCGAAUAGCUGCAAAAAAUGGAAUACUGCUUAGGCUAAUCAACACUCUUUAUAGUUUGAAUGAGGCAACUAGGCUAGCUUCUAUAUCUGUUGGAACUGGAUUCCCACUGGAAGGUUCAAUUCAACGACCACGUUCUGGUCAGUUGGAUUCCAGCCAUCCUAUUCUUGUUCAGAGUGAGGCAACACUUUCUGCAUCUGAUCAGCCUGAAAUCCUUAAGGUUAGGCAUGGAGUGGUUGAGCAUCCCUUGUCAACAGGAUCACAAGAACCUUCUCGUGCUUCUACUUCACAUUCUCAAAGGCUGGAUCCCUUGCAACCAGAUGCUAGAUACCUUGUGACAGAUGCUGAUCGAAAUCAUUCUAGCAGUGUGGCAAUAGAAACUUCAGUUGCUUUGGAAAAAGCUGGAAAUAUAGCCGCAAAGGAAUCUCGGGCAGAGAUUGAUGGGCGGCCACAGCGAGUCACUGGUUCCAUUAAUAGGACAUCUACAGAUAGGCCUCCCAAGUUGAUUGAGAGUGCAUCAAAUGGUCUUCCGGCUAUAAUGUAUACUCAGCCAGAACAAGUUCGACCUCUUCUAAGCUUGUUGGAAAAGGAACCACCUUCCAGGCAUUUCUCUGGUCAGUUGGAGUAUGUGCGCCACAUUUCUGGGUUGGAGAGACAUGAAAGUAUAUUGCCUUUAUUACAUGCUAGUGAAAAGAAAACAAAUGGAGAAUUAGAUUUUUUGAUGGCAGAAUUUGCAGAGGUAACUGGGCGUGGAAGGGAAAAUGGAAACCUAGACUCUACACCUAGAGUUUCUCAUAAGAUGGUAAAUAAAAAGGUGGGAGCACUGGGAUCGAAUGAUGGAGCUGCUUCCACAUCUGGUCUUGCAUCUCAAACAACAUCAGGUGUAUUGUCUGGUUCAGGUGUUCUGAAUGCUAGGCCAGGAAGCGCAACAUCAUCUGGCUUACUUUCGCACAUGGUGUCAACAAUGAAUGCAGAAGCUGCCAGGGAUUACCUGGAAAAGGUGGCAGACCUCCUGCUUGAGUUUUCUCAAGCAGAUACAACUGUGAAAUCCUAUAUGUGUAGCCAAAGUUUGCUUAGUCGUCUUUUUCAGAUGUUCAAUAGAAUUGAGCCACCUAUUCUCUUGAAGAUACUCAAGUGUAUAAAUCAUUUGUCAACUGAUCCAAAUUGCUUAGAGAAUCUUCAGCGGGCGGAUGCAAUUAAGUUCUUAAUCCCAAACCUUGAACUCAAAGAUGGACCUCUCGUGGAGCAAAUUCAUCACGAGGUCCUCAAUGCUCUAUUUAAUCUUUGCAAGAUAAAUAAGAGGAGACAGGAACAAGCUGCUGAAAAUGGAAUCAUUCCACAUUUGAUGAAUAUUAUUAUGACUGAUUCUGACUUAAAGCAGUAUGCUUUACCUUUAUUAUGUGACAUGGCUCAUGCCUCGCGUAACUCAAGAGAGCAAUUAAGGGCCCAUGGUGGAUUGGAUGUGUACUUAAGCCUGCUUGACGAUGUUUUUUGGUCAGUGACAGCUUUAGAUUCAAUUGCUGUAUGCUUGGCUCAUGACAAUGACAGCCGCAAAGUAGAACAAGCAUUGCUGAAAAAGGAUGCAGUUCAGAAACUAGUGAAGUUCUUCCAAAGCUGUCCGGAACAACAAUUUGUGCAUAUUCUGGAGCCAUUCUUGAAAAUCAUCACGAAAUCAUCCCGGAUAAAUACUACACUAGCUGUCAAUGGUUUGACACCUUUACUUAUUGCAAGGCUGGACCAUCAGGAUGCAAUUGCUCGUCUGAAUUUGCUUAAACUAAUAAAGGCUGUUUAUGAGCAUCACCCUCGGCCAAAGCAAUUGAUUGUGGAGAAUGAUUUGCCACAAAAACUUCAAAAUUUGAUAGAGGAACGCAGAGAUGGGCAAAGCUCGGGAGGCCAAGUUUUGGUGAAACAAAUGGCUACUUCUCUGCUAAAAGCUCUUCACAUCAACACUGUUCUGUAAAUCCCUGUCUCACUCCAAUAUAUACACCUGACUUUUUAGGAAGGACAUCUGUUUGAUGUAUUAGCAUUUUUGUUCUUGUUAUUUUUUCUUUUCUUUUCUUUUUUUUCCAUUUUUUUCUUAAAAAUGUGUUUUGCCUGUUUAUAUCAUCAAUCCUUUGGAUGCAACAACUGUGAUGUGCCCCAUUUACUUAAAGGCCCAAAGCUCAAGGGUGGCUGUGUUUUUGCUUGGUGAGCUGCCAGAUUCUCUCCUUUUCUUUUCCAGUGUUUAGCUUCAUUUUUCUUAUUACCAUUUUUGCUUGUUCAGUGGGAUUAUUUUUCUCAUCUCACUCGCUUUGUUAUGUGCUAAUUUUUUACUUGUAUGUCAUUUGCAAUUUUAUGAUGUUUUUGAAUCUCUGAGAAAUAUCAACAGUUUUAUAUAUAUCAAUUACUUUGCUGUCUAA